UCCGGAUCUGUGGAGGUCAAUGGAACGGGUUCGCAACAAUGGAUAGAUGUUGGUUCUUUUUGGUUUUAGAGUCGGAUGGCUGUCUCAAAGUCAAAACUAUAUUCUUGAAAGACAGUAUUCCUGAAAGAUUGGAUGAUGUAGUAAAGGAUAAAUUGUCGAACUUCUAUCUUGGAUCAUGGAUGCGGACACAUAUAAGUAUUUCAGUAUUCGUUUUGUUUCACGAGUUGGUGAGUUCGUAUUAUUUACCAAAAAUAACACUUCAUUAUGUUGUGUGCUAGAUAGGUGUAUCUACGUAGAACAAGGUUUUUUCGUAUUUCGGUCUCUCCAACUUGUUAUUUGUUCGAAUUUAUGUGAACCUUAUAAGGUCAAAGGUCUUCUAGUGGCAACCGAUAAAACAGGAGUUUGUGACUGGUGUAUCAGAAUAAUUGCAGACUGAAUGGUCUAUUUUUUAUUUAAUAAGGCAUAAGGCUUAUUGGUUUUUUCAAUCGAUUUCGAAUCGUCCUUUGUCUUUCUCAAUCUUGGGUAUUACCAGCAGUCCUAAUAAUAAGCUAAUUUUUUUUUAGCUUGGAUAAUAAAUAUCAGGAUACUGGAAUCCCUACUGGUUAUAUAGAGGCAUUAAAGUCAUACAAAUUGAUUUUUUUUUAUUUAACUUUUGCAAGGUAAUUGUAUUGCAUUUUAUUUUUGAGUAGGCUAAAGGGAUUGUUUUGAGGCUGUCAUGAAUGAGAAUAAAUCUUCUUCAAUGGGAAAGCCAGACAGAACACGCUAAACCAGUAAAUAGCUUAGUCUGACAGGUCGAGAGUACUUAAAGUUUCCAAAUCCUAGCUUCCUAGCUUUGUUUUAGUACAGACCACUACUAGUCUAACCGUUUGUUUCGGGUUCAGAUGAUAAAUAAUAGUAGGGUGUUACGGCCUUUUUUAAUUACUGCAAUAUGUACCUUCGUGUAGACCGUAUUCCUGUUUAAAAGCAUUCACAGUUGGGACCGAUACUAAGGAUGUCCAGUUGCUUACCACCGUAUUUGGAACUUGGACUUUGUUCGACUGCCUUAUGAGCACGAUCUGUGAUGACUCCUUAAAAGUGUUUUAGAAGGAGAGAAAAGGUUAAAUAUUUGAAUACCGAGCCAUCCAGAAGAUACAAUAGGCCAAAAUUAAGUUACCUUCCGUAUAAUAAUGGUAUUUUUGUAUUCUCGUUUUUAUACAAUGGAAGACACUUUUAUGACGUUCUAUGAGCGUGAAGUUUUUUUAAGCUACAUAAUUCUAUUGUUUACAGUAUCCUGUAAAAGAAGCAUCAGCUGUUCAUGUAGAUCGAGGUGGAAUAUCACAGGUUUGGGUGGUUGAUUUCGAUUAUUUUUUGCUAUAGGACUUUGUUUCAGCCUUACAAAAAAUGGAUCUUGAAGAUUCUUUGGAGGAAGCGCAUCUGCUUUUUCAGACUAACCAACUUCCCCUGUCAACUUUCACAUCAGUUGUCUCUGAGGCAACAACUAGAUCAUCGCUAACUCACUUUAAGCCAGGAACUUCAUCGUCUACUGAAACUUACGACAUAGAAACAACCGAGGAAUCAGAUCUUCCUAUCAGCAUUGCUCCUAGUCCUCUAACACUCGUUACGGUUUUUCCACCUAUGUCUCCAACGGAUUCUUGGGGUGAGCCAAAUAACAGAGAUUCAGUUGAUGUCCAGUCAGUCCCGUUGCAGUCUCUCAACCUGGAAUCAAAUGAAGAACAAACUGCUUCACAUUUACCAAGUAAAACUGACCUUCAGGUUUCUUCAGUAGAGUUGACCCAUGCUGGAGAUGUAUCUGUCAAGGAGACUGGUGUAAACUUAUCAACUCACUCUUCGGAGGUGUUAGAACAGUCCUCUUCCAUUCUUAGCGAAAAUACAAGUUUGAAUCACCAGGCUUCAGGAUCUUCGACAAACACAUCCCAAGGUCUUACCCGAAGUUGUUUAGUUUUGGAUGUACCCACCAAAUUUCCUCAACCGUUAGCAGAUAUACACCAAGUUGAUCAUAAUUCAUGGCUCCCAACCGUGAAGACACAAUCAGAAAAUGUGCAUAAAAAGUCAAGUUUUCGGUUGUGCAGUGGAAGUUCAAGCAGUUUAGAUGACGCAGACUGUUAUGAAUCCGUUGAUAGUAGAAAAGAAUUUAGUAAUGUUUUGCAGUCCAGCUCAAGCUCUGAUUCCGAAUUAGAAUACAAGUUUGAUCGGCAGUAUUCUAUGAAGUACAAUAACCUCAAAAUUUCUAAAAGUUUAAAAUCUGUUAAUACAAAUAGUGUCCUUCAGACACCUAACUUUUUGUCCACAAAAAGAGUUGUUCGUCCAAGAAUGGAACAUAAAAGGUUGAGAUCAGAAUACAUAAAUAGAUUUCUGAACAAAGAGUCAUACAUCGCCUCUUCAAUCCCAUGCGAUUCAAACUUAUUUAACAUCCACGAGCUAAAAGACAAAGUUCAUGAAAAAAACGCAUCGUCAACGUGUUCCAGCUCAGCUGUCAGCAAAAGAUCAGACCGGCAUAUUCGUGAUAUUGAUGUACUUGAGGUUGCUGGAGUUCCUUUUUCGUAUGAAGAUAUUGUAUAUUCAACAAAUGAACAAUUUCGUCAACUAAGAGCAACUCCUGGUUUGACUGAAGAACAGUUGAUAGCUAUGUCAGAUGCACGUAGACGAGCUACUAACCGUCAAGCAGCUGAGCGGUGUCGACGGUCCAAAGUUGCUGUUCGAGAUGAAUUAGCGGAGCGCUUGGCUGAACUUCGCUUACAAAGACAGGCACUCAACAAGCGUUUGAUCAAGGCUCGUCAACGCAAACAAGAGGCAAGGGAUACACUUACUGAAGAGCAAAACCGUCUAUUGCACAUGUUGCAUGAUUCUAAUGGUUGCACGUUAAGACCUUCAGAUUGGCGCGUCCACCUCACUGCAGAAGAUGAAAUCGUUGUUGUGUCAGUUGGGCAAUAACUGCGGACAAGCUGUUUCUAGCUUCUCAAACUUGAUGCAUCCGUCUUUCAUUUUUCUCAUUGUUCGCACGUACACUGUAAAUAUUCUAAACCUUGUUUUUCAAUAAGAACACACUUAAAAACUAAAUGUUUUAUUUUUUUGUGUUAAAAAAUUGUGAACUUCUGCGAUUCACCUUACAGUAGAAAAUGUUGUUAGGCGUAUGAUUGAAUGAGUUUCAACAUACAACCUUUCGUAUGUUAUGUGAAAGAAAUUAUGUCUAAAAAUUUGUCCAAAAAUUACUAAGGAAAUAACGAAAAGCGAUUAUUUAGAAUCGACAUGGUAGUUUCAAAUUUCCAGCACUGAUAAUUAGCUGAAUUAAAAAACGUCUAUAAUGUCCACUGACUUUUAGGCAGCUUCAAAAGUGUUGGAGAUCGAAAUUCCCACGGUAAAAUUCGAAAUUACUUCAGCAAGUCUAUACUUAGUUUCUCUCUAAAAUUAAAUAGUCAUAUUAUUUCUAUUUCAACUAUCCAUUUGCGGUUCAUCUCCUCAUUUUUCCAUUUGAAUUUCUUUUGUCACUGAGAUCUUAGGUAAGUUAAAGUGAUCAGCACUCUGAUAACCUUUCAAGUAGCCAGUUAGUUUUUUUCAGUCGGUAUCCAGUGUGAUAUUUAACAAGACAAUUCUGGAACAAAAUUU